CAGCUGAUAUUGUCUAUGGUACAAAUCGUUUAGAAACUAUUUGAUUUAAUUAAUUUAUUUAUCGGAGAAAUUAAUAAAUGUGACGUAUGUUUAAUUUAUGCAUUUUAUUUAAAUAUUAAAUUCAAUAUAUACUAAGUAGCAACUAGUGCAUUUUUAGUUUGAAAAUUAUAUAAGGGAAGAAAGUUGACUUCCGGCAGUUAAUAAUUGACCAAUCACGAAUUAGAACUGAGGUAUCGUUUGUAUUGUCCGAAAUCCAUCCGUUAUUUUCAAUCAGUUCAAGCAAGCACAUAGGUACAACUAGGCAACAGCUAAUCGAAGAAUCGGAGUGGAUAGAUUUUCUAAAUGUUUUUUGUAGUUUUUUAAUAUACAAAAACAGAUGUUUAUAACUAUCAUAGUAUAAACUAUUCUGAACUAUUGGACGAUAUCAUCUUUAUUUUGCAGAGAAGAUGGAAAUUCAUAGCAGAAGGAAUCGCGUGAUACAAGAGCAAGAAAAUAAAUAUGGCGUCAAAGGAAAAAUAAAUGCGAUUCCUAAGGCCGAGGGUACGACGGUUAGAGGAGCUUUAGGCGAACUAGCAACCAAUAUUCAAGCUCAACGCGAUGUAUGUGUUGGAAAAGUUACGUUUUCUGCGGCUGAAUGCGAGAAAAAAUCGCUGAAAUGUAAUACUAAGAGUAAUUACAGCCACGUACAGUCUAAAAUUGACACGGGACUCGCUGGUAAGAACAUCAUUCAGCCAUCAUCAAGACCACCACUGAGACGUGAGGAAAGCACUGGAGGACUUGCUACACGAGCUGCUCUACAGACAAAGGCUGCAGCAAAACUUGCAUUAAAGAAGCCAAAUGAAACCAAGGAGCCGAAUUUUGUGGUCUUGAAUGAUAAAAAAUUAAAUAAAGAGGUGAAAAAGACCAAGCUCAAAGUAAUCAAAGAAAUACCAAAGGAGCAUAAUUUGAAACCAAUUUUAAAAGAUUCUACCAAGUCACUAGGCAAGCUGAAAUUAACUGAAAGCUCUGAUACUAAAGUUAGCAAGACAACUGAAAUAUAUAUAGACUCCUUGGUAAAGUCUCCACCACCAUUACCUGAUGAUAUUGAAGAUAUUGAUGCUGGCGACAACAACCCGCUACUCGUUUCAGUAUACAUUAAGGACAUUUAUAAAUAUUUAACUGAACUGGAAUGCAAGUAUCCUGUUGAAGAGAAUCACUUGAAAAAUCAGAAUGUGAUCACAGGUAAUAUGAGGGCUACUCUGAUAGAUUGGUUGGUAGAACUUCAGUGCCAGUUCACAUUGAUCCUUGAGACGUUCCAUCUAACUGUUGGAAUUAUUGACCAUUAUUUACAGGUUGUGCCUAAUGUGCCCAAGGAGAAACUACAACUUAUUGGUGUGACAGCGAUGUUUAUAGCCAGCAAGUAUGAAGAGAUCUACGCCCCCGAUGUCAACGAUUUUGUGUUUGUAACAGACUAUACAUAUAGCAAGAGUGACAUUCUCAGAUGUGAAAAGGAGAUACUGCAGAAAUUAGGAUUCUGUCUUGCUUGGCCGAUUCCUCUUAACUUUUUGAGAAGGUUUGUGAAAGUAGCUCAUGGUACAUCUAAGAAUCAUCAUUUGGCGAAAUAUUUCGUGGACCUCUGCUUAGUGGACUACUCCAUGGCGCAUUAUAGACCUUCAGAAUUAUCUGCAGCUGCUAUCUGCUUGUCCUUGUACAUUCUUUCCAAUGAGAGGCUUGAAGACGUGUGGACCCCCACAUUAUCAUACUAUUCAGGAUACAAGUUAGAUCACAUUGAACCAAUUAUUAGGAAAAUAGCUAAAAUAGUAACAAAUACAGAAAGAUCUAAAUUUAAAGCAGUUUUCAAUAAAUAUAUGGAUGUAACAUUAGCAAAAGUAUCCUGUCUUCCACAGCUAAAAAGCGAGACUAUGUAUGAACUUGCUCAAAGAGCGUAGUUAUUGCCUCAACUAGAUUAAUUAGUGACCUAGAAUUAAUAUGUAUUAUUAAUUUUUAUAAGUGUGUUGUAUAAAUAUUGACUGAGUUUUUGGAUAAGGUUUUUAGGUACCUGCUUGUAUGUUUGUUAGGGUGUAUUUUUAAUUUUAGAAACAAUUGUAUGGUCGCGAUGUUUUAAACCUAACUAUUUAUUUAUAUUGCUUAUACCAAAUGCAACUUAACAACGUAGGCACUUGUCUAAAUUUUGAACAAAACUAGGAAAGAUGUAGUUGCAAGUAACCUGAUUUUUUUGACAUUGUAAUUGCAAGUAUUGAUUUUUUGACAUAUUAUUAUAUAUUGGAGGUUAUAAAAUCUCAAUUUUAUUGAAGUCUUCAUUGAUGUUUUUCUUUUUCUUUCUGUCUUAAAAUCUUAUAUAUUGAUUUCUUUUAUAUAUUUUAAUGUGAAUGUACCCGAAUAGCGUUUGUCGACUUUACUGUUGUUAUUAAUUUUAAAUAUCGGUUUUCUAUCUAGUGUAAUUUACGUCGAUUAAAUAUGAAUGCUAUUUGGAACUAGAAAGAUUAAUAAUAAUCUUGUUAGUAGUUUUAGCAAAGUUGGGUCCAAAUCUUAAGAUUUACAGCAUUUAAUUUAUAAUGUUUUUGAUUCUGUGACUUGAUAUAUUUUGACUUGAUGUAAUGUAAUUUGAUAUACCUGUGAUUAGAAUAAUUAUUAAGAUUUGUUGAAAUAAAGUAUCUAUAUUAUAAUUAAAA